AUGGAUCCACAACCUACAGAACCGUAUUCUUCUAUUCGAAUUUCCCACUCGGGCAAAAUAAACUCGUAUGUAUCGCAUGGAUUAGAAUCUCUCAAGCGUACUGAAUCCACGCGUAGUUAUAUCACACUCAUUGGAGAAGGCAAAGGGGUGACAAAGACAAUAAGCGUUGCGGAGAUAAUCAAAAGAAAGGUCGAACGUAUCUAUCAGUAUAACGAGAUUGGGAAUGUAGAUGAGGAUGGUGUCGGAACCAAAUCUGGAAUGUACAUGAAGAUCUAUUUGAGCCUAAUGCCAGUCAAAGAACUGGAAAUGGCUUUAGGAAUAAUAAAUAAUGCUACCAGGCGGCAUAGCGGGCUUGACUGGAACAGCACCGUUACUAUAAUACAACUAUGUUGGGUGUGUGCCAUAGUGUUUGGAGAGGUCUUGGUAUUUCACAUGGCGGCUUGGAAUUGUGGCUGGCCGGAAAUUAGUGAAUGGAAUACAAACACUGCAAAGCCAUUCCAUAUGACGAUCAUCACAGAUCCACAGUUGAUAGACGAGAACUCUUACAACCGAGCUCGUGUUAUGACAAGGCUUACAGAAUUUUAUUCAGAUAACUAUAUGCGCAAAAAUUGGAAAAACCUUCUUCAUUAUUUUGAUUCCGAUGCGAUAAUGAUCCUUGGAGACUUGUUGGACAGCGGACGAGAGUUGGACGACAAAAGAUGGUCGGAAGAGCACAUUCGCUUCAAUAAUCUUUUCCAAAUGGCGGGUAAAUCACGUGUUCCUGUUUAUUACGCGGUUGGAAAUCAUGACAUUGGCAUCGGAGAUACGAUUGUUCCUGCCGCUAACAAACGAUUUCGAGAUGUAUAUGGAAAGGUCAACUAUGAGCUCUCGCUCGGCAACCAUACUAUUGUCGUGCUGGAUACGUUGUCGUUUGGCGCGAGCGAUGAAAUAAGCAAGGAAGCAAGGGAAUUCGUAAAAGGAUUCGAGAACAGAACAGAUCACACACAUUCACCACGCAUAUUAAUGACUCAUGUCCCCCUCUUUCGCGGACUGGCUACUGCUGACUGUGGUCCAUUUCGUCAGCGUGGUAACAUGAUUCCUUAUAUGUAUGGCUACCAAUAUCAAACAAUGAUGUAUCCAGAACCGACUGAAACGAUACUGGAUAGUAUCAAACCCGUAUUGACCAUUUCUGGUGACGAUCACGAUUUUUGUGAAAUUUACCACGAGAAAGGAGGGAGUAAUGGCGAAGGAUCGUUCGAGGUCACUGUGCCGACGUAUAGUUUUACUAUGGGUGUAAGGAAACCUGGGUUUCUCCUGUUGAGCUUGUAUAAUCCGACUAAUUCAUCAUCUAGUGCUACAUUUACGUACAGACUUUGCUUUCUACCUGACCAAUUACAAAUAUUCAUAUUCUAUGGCUUUUUAUUGUCAUUUACUAUUAUUACUUUCCUCGCAUGCGCUUAUUAUGACAUGCGUACACAAACAGCAUUACCACCAUUAUCCAAAGACAUUGUCGCUAAUCGUAUCAUAACAUCAUCUUCUUAUUGGCACCUCGUGAGAUCUGGUAUCCUGCGUGUAGGAGCAUACGCAAUUUCGACUUACAUAUUUUGUUUGAUUUUAUUUCCUAUUGCUAUAUGA